CACAACAGGACAAAGGUAAAUGGUCUUUACAUGUGUAUAGAUUUAUAAUGUUCAUUAUCAAUAUACUAAAUGAUCAUUCAUAAUUCAAUAUUUAUUCAGUGACAGAGAGAAGACUUUGGAAAGAAAAAAAUCAAGAGAAGCUAAGAAGGCAAAAACUGAGAUUGCAAAGGAAAAAGAGAUAAGGUAUUACUAUUUGUUCUUUAUAUAAAUUAUUUGUUCAUUAUUAAAAAAAUUCAUAUUUGUAUUAAUAUAUGGUCACAUUAACUAGGCCACAAAGGGAAAUCCCAAAUGUUCCUCUUGCUUUCCGAUCUCCAUACAUGGUCAAGUACAAGGAUUUGUUCAAAGAUGAAGACACAAUGAACAAACUUGUAACAGACUAUGCUUAUAGUGGAAAAGAUCAAAGUGAGCUACUAUACUAUGAUGGAGUGAAUUCGAUCAAUAGGGAAGAGAUGAAAACUCUUGAAGGGGAUACAUUAGUAGUUAACAAUGUGAUCGAUUCAUGGGCAGUACUUCUGAAUCAAAAAAGGUCAAAGAACAAGUUAUACUUUUCAACAUUUCCACAUCAAAUUAUGUAUGCAAAUACAGUGUGUCCUGAAGGAUCAUCAAUGGAGCUUAGAAUUGCAUACUUCAAAGAAAGAAUAACAAAUGAAUUGAGGUUAUACAAAAUCAAGAGUGCAGUUGGAUAUCAACAGAUUUUUUUUCCAGUGGCCAUAUAUGCACAUUUCUAUCUUCUAUGCAUUGAUCAUAUCAAUGAGACAAUGCAUAUAAUUGACAACAGGAAACUGCCAAAACAUCAAACAAUUGCAACAAAGUAUGAAAACCAACCCCAAUUGGUGUUAAAAGGAUAUGCAGAAUAUUUGAAAGGGUUGGGGUAUGAAGAUGCAGAUUCUAUUGAGAAAUAUAAGGUGGUUUUGCAAAAAAUGAAGUGGAGGAGCAACGAAGAUUACACCAACUGUGGAGUUUACAUUAUGAAACAUAUGGAAACUUUCACUGCUGAUCCCAAUGAAGAAUGGGUUUGUGACCUAAAACCAAACAAUGUGAACCAAAUCAGAAAGCUCAGAGUACAAUACACUGCUGAACUAAUGCUGAAUGAAGGAAACAGGCAGUCACAGAACAAUAGAAGAGCAGCAAGAAGAUUUGCACAAGCUUAA